AGUAUAAAAAGAGGGACACGCGAGAACUGUGCAGUUACACAAUGGUGUUAAGGAAGUGGAUUCAUUUAUUGGCUUUGGUGAGCCUCCUGUCUGCAGAAUCAAAUGCUCAGCUUGAUGUAUGUGGCACUGCUCCACACAGCAGCAGGAUAGUAGGAGGUGAAGAUGCUCCACCUGGAUACUGGCCGUGGCAGGUCAGCGUGCAGAUAUUUGGUAAACAUUUUUGUGGCGGUUCCCUCAUCAACAAAGAGUGGGUGAUGUCUGCUGCUCACUGCUUCUUUCGUUCGAGUCCUUCUGGGUGGACGGUUUCUCUUGGUCUUCAGAGCCUACAGGGUGCAAAUCCAAAUAAGGUGUCCAGAAAUGUUGUCAAAAUCAUUUUGCACCCAAACUAUGACAGUAUGACCAACAACAACGACAUCGCUCUGCUCAGACUCUCCUCACCAGUCAGAUUCACUGACUACAUCAGACCUGUGUGCCUGGCAGCGAGUGGCAGCGUGUUCAACAAUGGCACUGAUAGCUGGGUGACUGGCUGGGGUGCAGUCAAAGAGGGAGUGGCCUUACCCUUCCCUCAAACGCUGCAAGAAGUGGAGGUGCCAGUUGUGGGAAACAGACAGUGUAACUGCCUGAAUGGAGUGGGCACAGUCACAGACAACAUGAUCUGUGCUGGUGUUCUGGCAGGAGGCAAAGACUCUGUCAGUUUGUGGCAACACCCUCGUGAACAGUCACACAGGAGGAGACAAGAGCACUGUACCCGAAGGAACUUGGCCCUGGAUCAUAAGUCUUCAUCAAAAUGGAGUACACAAAUGUGGAGGAAGCUUAAUAUCUGACAACGUUAUACUCACAACUGCACAAUGCUUCUCUACCACCAGUCCAAAUGCCAGUGAAUGGAAUGUGUUUCUUGGUCUUAGACUCAUAAAUGGUUCUGAAGAGUUUGAGACAUCUUUGGGUGUUUUGAACAUUACAGUGAGCAAAAUGACUGGCUCCAAUAUUGCACUAUUGGAGCUGUUUGAAUCAGUCAGUUUCAACAAUUAUAUCCAGCCUGUGUGUUUGGACAUUAGUGAUUCAAGGUCUUUCCCCAUUGGUAGUCAGUGUUUGGUGACAGGCUGGGAAAACAAGAACAACAGCAGAGGUGCUGUUCUUCAAAACAUGAAAACUCAAGUUGCAAGUUGUGGCAAUCUUUUUGAUUCAGAUCAAAUUUGUACUCACACCAUGGACCUUCAAGAGGGAGGUCAGGGCAGCCCAUUGCUGUGCAAGUCAGAGUCAUCAUGGUUCCAGGUUGCUGUUGUAACAGUCUGUGAAAGUAGACUGAGCCAUGGAGAUGUUGAUGUCUUUACCAAAAUCUCAAGAUUUGGGUCAUUCUUAAAGGAGAUUAUUGAUGAAACACCAUCUGCUGCAACACUUUUAACAGGAAGUUCACCUGAUUUCUCAGUU